AUGGCUUUACAGGACCUGUGCAAUUUCCAGGACUUCUUUCUGGACAGUAUAACCCCCGAAUGUUCUUCAGUGCCUUUUGGAAAGAAGACUGGCUUUAACUAUGUGACUGGUUUGCCCUUUAGCAGCAGUACAAGUCUGUUUAAUUUUUACAUACCUGUUGCAGAAUACCUGGAUGAAAGUCCGAUACAGUUUGGGCAAAUCAGCACCGUCCAAAGCUCUGGCGCCUUCUCAUCUCAAGACUCAAUCUCACCAUCGCUGUCCUGGCCCACAAGCCUUCCCUUGGCCUCCUCUCAGUCGGUCCCGCUGCCUUUUCCCAUGGCUCACGGCACCACCACCCUGGCUUUCAUGUUUCAGGGCGGCGUGCUGGCUGCAGCAGACACUCGUUCCAGUUGCUCUGGGCUCGUGGCGUGCCCAGCCUCCCAGAAGAUCCUGCCCAUUCACAGUCACUUGGUGGGUACUACUUCGGGUACGUCAGCCGAUUGUGCCCUUUGGAAACGGAUUCUGUCUCGCGAACUGCGGCUCUAUCAACUCCGCCACGGCCGACGGUUGUCCACAAGAGGAGCUGCCAAAUUGCUCUCCCACAUGCUUCAUCCGUUUAAGGGAACUGAGCUGUGUGUGGCUGCCACGUUGUGUGGGUGGGAUGGAGGAGAGGUAGAUGCGUGCCAUGACCAGGGAUGUGAUCUCAGCAGUCGUAGAGAAACAACAAAGAGUCAAAUGACUGAUCCUGCAGAGUCUAUAGAUGCCAGCCUGGAAAAGGUGUCUCUGGCUGAGACAAAGAAUCAGAGCUCUUCUUCAGCUGCUGUUGGUCAACAGUUUUCUGCAACAAAGAAAGUGAGUCUCUCUGGACCCAGUCUGGUCUAUGUGUGCAGUGACGGCACUCGCCUGCAGGGAACGCUCUUCUCUGUGGGCUCGGGAUCACCCUACGCCUACUCAAUUUUAGACCAAGGGGUUCAAUGGGGACUGACAGUGGACGAGGCCACAUCAAUAGCCAGAGAGGCUGUGUACCGAGCCACACACAGGGACGCAUACUCAGGAAACUGUGUAGACAUCUAUCACAUCUCCUCCAAAGGAUGGACUCGCAGGAGCAGGGAGGAUUUAAAAGAGGAAUAUUACAGAGAAAAAGAAAGACAAGAGAGAAGGGAGAGACGGGAUAUGACUUUGUCUGAAUAAAGACAUGAAACAAACAAAAAUGGCAUGAGAAAAGAAAGGCAAACAUCGGGGAGUAUUUUGGAGAGACAUGAUGGCAUCUUUGCAGCAGAUACUGAAUUAAUGAACAGGACAGGCAGUUGCAUCCUCCAGGCUAUUUCUCAAGUGAUUUGGGCAUGCAUAUCGUUCCCUCUAAUAAACAGCUGAUGUUUUGUUUGCGCUGAUGAUAUGUAUUCUAACAGCACACUGCUGCUUGGCAUUUUGAUUUGGACGUUAAAACAUUAUGAAUCAUUCCAACUAUGUGAGAUAAUUACAACCUACUCCUGCAUGUGUUUGAAUCACAGAGAGAGGCAGAGAAAAAGACCGCAGUGAACGGCCAAAAAAUCUAAAUGUCUGGAGUCUGUAUAAGGAGGCUAAUUUAGCUGUAGCAAUAACGGGUGGUUGAAAACUGAUUUGUGUCUGCUGUCAGAACUCGUCUGAAGUUUCUCUGACACUUAAAUAAAUGAAUGAAUAAAUGCAAUUUUGCUGAACUUGCCUGUUCUUUCUGUUUGAGCA